AUGCUCUUCAAGACUCUGAUCGCUGCCCUUAUGGCAGUUGCAGUUAUUGCUGUGCCUACAAAGACUGACGCGAAGCGUGAAUCCGACUCUGUCGACUUCUACAUUCAUACUCCUGGAACCAUCCACACUGGAGCUCCCGAUGUUGAGAAACGUGACGAGUUCACUUGGCCUCCUCCACCGAUUUGCACACCUCACCCUUGCACUGAGGGGCUCAACGAGUAA